UUGAAAGGUUUAAUCUAAUCCCGGGUGUUGACAGAGGGUUUUCAAUGUGUCUUAUCUCUUCCCUCACGAGGAGGAAUAUGAGUUUUGCACUGUGUCAAACAAGGGCAGUGUAAAAAUGGUCUAACCAGAAGUAAGAUGAAAUUGAAUUGUUUUUUGUUAAGUUUCUGUAUCUGUAUAUUGUAUUUAUGUACACUGGUGGCGGGAAAUGGAGGAUUCACCCUCGCGCCAAGUCCCUCCUCACCGGACUACAAAGCGGACGAAGCUAAAUAUGAGGAUGGAGGAAUGGCACCGCUCUUCAACUUCGCCCGGAAAUUCAUCAAUAUGUGUUUAUCUGAUAUCAAAGAUGUAAUAGAAGUUAUCAAAGAUGCCAUAAAAGGCAAUAUUGGUCAAAAUGUAGAGGAUAUUCUCCACACGGUAAGGGACAACUUCCUGGGAUUUUCCAUCUCUGUGGUUGUGGGAAUUUUGUUUAUUGUCAUCUUCCCGAUCGUGGGUUGCUGCUUCUGUUGCUGUAGAUUGGGCUGCAAGGCUUGCUGUGCACAACCAGAGGAAGAAGAUCCUAACGUGUCCUGCAAAAAGGCUCUUUAUGGAACUAUCCUCUUCGUUUUCAUAGCGUUCACUGCAGCUGGUAAUAUCUGCGUGUAUGUAUCAAAUGAUAGAAUUUCGUUGGCACUGACAGAAAUUGUAGACAAUGUAGACACAAACCUUGACGAUCUUAAGUUGUUCAUGGACCACACAACCACGCAAAUAGAUUUAAUCCAGACAAAUUUCCAAGCAGCAAAGAACGAAAUCGACAAAAAACUGGACAUAACAAAACUUUCUGAGACUUUACAGCACAAAGCCGUGUCUCUUUUGACAGGGGGCGCUGUUCAGGAUCUCCAGAGAGAUGUAGAUCAUCUAAUUUCUGCAAUACACAGCAUCAAUCAGGGAACUCAAAAAUUUCAGACAGCAUGCUCAGCAAUAUCAUCAACAUGUUCUGUGCCUACGGUGCUGCUUCCUACAGUUCCACCAAUAAAUAUAUCUGGAGAUGCCACAGCAAGUAUAAAAACAACAAUUGACAACGCUUUAAGUGGAUCAGCUGCAACAAUGAACCAAGCAAAGACACAAUUAGACAACGCUGACACAGAGAUACAUGAUUUGGUGACGAACACAAAGGACGCUAUACAAAAGGGAGAUACAGUUAAUAUAAAAGGAACAAAAGAAAUGGUGAAGGAUCACUCUAAUUUUAUAAAACCGUACGACAAAUACAGAUGGUAUGCCGGGAUCGGCUGUGCUGGGGUUGUCUCCCUUAUACUCGCUCUCUACUGUUGUGGGUUGUGCUGUGGGUGUUGUGGAGGGAGGUCCGUCAAUGACCCUCUGGAGAAAGGCUGUGUUUCUAACUGCGCGGGACGUCUUAUGAUAGGGUCUUUAGUUUUUAUAUUUGUGUUCUGCCCACUACUGAUGUUGAUAACUACGACACUUUAUAUUCCUGGAGCACUGCUAGAGAGAUACAUCUGCCAGCCGCUGACAGAUCCAAAACUGGAGCUGAUAGACGAACUCAUCGAUGGAUUUGAAUACAGUCUAGAAGGUGUUCUUAAACAUGAACAAGGACAUGAAAUGGAUCUUAAAACUUUCUUUGGAAACUGUCAGAAAAACCAGGCAAUCUAUAAGGCAUUGGAUAUAGAACAUUUGACAUUGUUCAAUUUCAAAUUUUCUACACUUGAGCAGAAAGUACAGGAUAUAAUCAAUGAUAUGAGAACCAAAGGCUCAUCCGGGAUGGGCGAUAUGCUGAAUGAUACAUCCAAAUAUGGCUCCGCAAAUUUACUGCCUGCAGGCCUAAACGCAAGUCUGAACAACGUAAAACAACAGAUGCAGAGUUUAGAUCUGAGUGCUUUGGAUACAGCACUGAAAAACAUGGAGAAUUUAAUCUCAACUUUUAGUUCGGGUGCGUCACACGUCAAAGACAUGAAAAAAGCAUUGGAUGACAUGAAAUCAGCAAAGGUGGAGCUCUCCAAACAAAAAUCAAACAUUCCCUCUGCUGUAGACAAUGUCAAAAAGCAACUAAAUAAUGCGACUGAUGCUAUGAAGAAGAACGGAAUGAAAAAUAUUGCACAAUCAUUUAUUAAUGAAACAGUAAACAUUGUUGACUUAUAUUUCAAAGAUGUCAAAAACAAGGUACACAAUGAAAUAGGCCAAUGUCAGCCCUUGUGGAAUCUCUACAACUCUAUCAUAAAAAUUUCUCUUUGUGAAUACAUUGUGGACGCGUUUAAUGGUUUCUGGUUUUCCAUUGGAUGGUGUAUAUUUUUCUUACUGCCCGCAGCAGUUAUAGGAACAAAACUCUCCAACUUCUUGCGAGAUGUGGAGUACGUCUACGAAAAUAAACACGAUGCAGAGAGUGGAAAGACCAAACGCACAAAAAAGAAUCAAGUAGGACACAAAGAUGAUGAAGAAUAAAACAUAAAAAGUUAGGUUGUUAGACAACAUUCAUAUUUAAUGUAUAAAAAGCAUGUUACUGUUCACAGAACAUGUAUAUGACAACAUUUUUGGUGUGUGAACGUUUGUUUUAGAAAACAAUGAUUUUGUAAUUUUCUUGAAAUGCAUCAUUGCAGCAUUAUACCUUUUUUGUUUCUUUCCAAGUGCCAACCAACUAUCUUGUCAUACUAACAGAAUUGAGGAGGUAAUACUGUAUUGUUUCAUUUAAAUAUAAUUCUUCUUAUAUAUGGAAAUGUGUAUGAAUUUCUUGAACAAUCAAUUUUAAUUUUGAAAAAUUCUGACAUUUGAUGCAGACUAUAUGAAAAAUCCCUGGGGUAGGGUGGGACCACAAUGGACAAACAAAGUUUUACUUAGGAGUAUAUAGGAAAAAUGUGCUUCUCGAGAAUAGCAAAACCAUGAUUGGUCACAUUUAUAUGGAAGCAUCCUCAGCUUGUGUGGAUUCAAGUCUUUUCAAAUCAUGAACCUUGGGGUAGGGUUGGGCCAUAAUGGACGAGCAAAGUUAUACAUAAAAAUAUAUAGAUUUUUUUUUAUCUUCUUCUCAAUAAAAGCAAAGACUUGAUUGGUCAUAUUUAUAUAGAAGAAUCCUCAGGUAGUGUAGAUUCAGAAAAAUUAUGCAUUUAUACUUUUUUAUUCUACCAAAAGCUGUCAGGUGACCGACGUUGCCCAUGGACCUCUUGUUAUUUUUUUCCUUUCCCUAAUCAAGACUGAAAUAUCGCAAGUAUUUUUGUUAGAAAUCGGCAAUAAGUCAAAUAAAAUUAGAAUAAUUCUAUGCAUGUGUACCUUAAGUUAAAUUCACUGGAAUAUUUAUUUUUAAAAGGUUUCUUUUGCUUUGUAUUGGUGUUUUGUUAUUCAUGAAUAUUUUAUCAAUAUCAGUCAGGUGAUUUGAAACUUGUUUGACUGAAAUUCUUUUUUUUUCACAAAUGAUUUUUACCAAAAUUUAAUUUUAAGAAUGCUUUCGUUUGCUUUGAACAUAUUUUUGACAUUAUGUUAAUUAAAGGGAUUCGACACAAGUUCUAAAACGUUAGCUGUGCCAUAUAAUAUAUAAUUGUUCUUAAUUUUAUUUAGUAAAUUGUCUUUUUUAGAUAAUAUUUUUUUCUGUUUCCCAAGUUUUUAAUGAUCAUAUUAUUAUCAUUUCAAAUAUUUUGAUUGUGAUUUUAUUUUUGAAGUACAUGUAUAUAUCUCUGUUUUGUCUAUGAUUUCAAAUUAUCAAAUUAUUUUUCAUUCGAGGAGUUAAUGAUGCGUCUUUUGACAAGUCUUUUCCUAUUUACUUUUCCAUCCAUUCUGAGUGAUCAAAUCAUUCUCUAUAAUUUUGAGGAGUUUCACUGUUUAUGAUACUAGUUGCUUUUUCCGGUGAUUUUGAAUCUAAUUUUGUUCUCCUGUUAUUUUUUUCUUUUCCAAAGACUGAACAAUCAAAUCUUUAUACAUGUAUUUUAAGAAUUUUUUAUGCUUGUAACCUUAGAUUUGAACUCGUAAUUGCUUGUAAAAUAUCCGUCCAUUUUUAUAUUAAAAUGUCAGAAGUUGU